AUGGAAACUAACCUUAAACUCUCAAGAACUCAUGGUGAGCUUCUCACAGACCCUACUAGUUAUAGAAGAUCGGUUGGCAGGUUGCUUUAUCUCACGAUUACAAGACCAGAUAUCUCAUAUUCUGUUCAAAUCCUAAGCCAAUUUAUGGAUUGUCCUCGACAACCUCAUUUGGAUGCUGCCAAUAGAGUGUUAAGGUAUAUCAAGAAUGCCUCGGGUCAAGGUCUGUUCUACCCUUCCUCUUCCAAGAUACAUCUUAAGGGUUUUUGCGACUCUGAUUGGGCAGGAUGCCCUGAUACUCGAAGGUCUGUCAGUGGUUAUUGCAUGCUCCAAGGGGACUCGUUGAUUUCUUGGAAAUCGAAAAAGCAGCACACUAUUUCUAGAUCCUCUGCAGAGGGUGAGUAUAGAUCCAUGGCUGCUUCUACUUGUGAGAUAGUUUGGCUUCUCAGUUUGCUCAAAGACCUUCAUGUUUCACAUCCUCAACCGGCUCUUCUUUUUUGUGACAGCUAG